AUAUCACGUAAAAUCCUAUUCCCAAUCCAAAAACCCUAUCGUACGUUCUUCUUCUCCUUGAACAAACUCUCUCAAUCACGAAAUUCCUUCAAUCCCCAAACUCUCUCAAUCCCCAAACAAACUCUCUCAAUCCACAAACAAAGCUUCUGAAUUCGAAGAACCCUAAUUAAACCCCUUGUGAAUCCCUUCUCCGCUCAAGAAAUUCCCUCUUCGCUCACGAAAUCUCACGAAUUUCUUCUGGUUGUAUAUCUUUUUCUUCGGCCACCGUAACACAAUCGGUGGAAGCCUCCGACUAGGUUUCACAGGCGCUCGUACUCCCUCCGAUUACGGCCGCACAAACUCCCUCCGACUACGUUCAUUUUAUUCGGCCGCUCCGUUGACACUAAGUUUCUCAGCCGUUCUUUUCUUCUCAACGUUUGGCCGUCGUUUCGGGUUAUCAACAUGGUUCACUCCGAUAACGCGCCUGAUCAAAAACCCAGAGCUAAGUACCUUAUCUUUAAAGCAUAUUUUAAUUUCUUUUAAAAUCAGGGGUUUGUCUUGCCUUCACUAUCUCUACCUUGCCUUUUUCAGGGUUACUCCCGAGGCUUUCCGCCAACCGUAUCAGAAUCAAAUUCGAAGCUAAGUGUCUUUUAUUAUUAUUUUAUUUAUUAAUUUCAUUAUUUUUACUUUUAUGGUUAAUAAAGUUCGCCUUCGAACCGAUAAUGCACUCACUCUCUGUUUUCUGUCUCUUCUUUUUUCCUUUUCAGGGUUUGUCAAAUGCCAAAGCUACGUCGUCGGUAACCCUAAACCCUAUUUUAUUUUAUGGCUUUUAUUAUUACUUGUGCCAAACCCUGUUGGGGAUCCGCUGGUUUCACUUUCCCCUCCCCUUUAUUGCUUUAUAUACUGCGUGGUUAGUAAUUUAGGGAGUGCAAAUUUAAACUGGAUUAGAGUCACUAAUUACAAGAUAAAUAACUAAAUUGAACCACAUGAUUGUUGCACACACGUACUCUUUUGGGGUAACCUCUCUGUUGCCUUGUUGCCUGUUGCCUUGCUGCCUGUUGCCUGUUGCCUGUUGCCUUUGUGUUUUGCAGAAUAAGCCUCGUCCCUCGAAUUCGAGGAUACCUCAGCCAUGUUGCCUAGAUAAAAAGGUCACGACCCUAAUGAUGCUGCCUUCGAUACACAAAUGACCUCGACCCUCGGAUGUUGCCUACGGAAAAAGGCUGAGGUAUCUUCUGGCUGCCUACGAAAAGGCUUAUUCUGAUCCUUACCUUAGACUACCUGCCCUUCUAUGGCAUGGGACAAUCUUAUGGCAAAGGAUGCUUCGAUGACCCUUCAACCUCCAAACGAAAGGCUUCCUGCCCUCUUAUGGCAAGGAUAGACCCUUUCAUUCUGAAAGGCAAAAAGAGACCUAUCAUCUGAGUUUAAGGUAAUUGCCCCUAAUUGCCUUGCAAUGCUCAAACCUUUUUAUUAUAUUCUUUCUCAUAAUUUUUCAGAAGGGCAACGCUUAUUCACAAGCUAAAGUCCCUAUCUCUUUCAUCUACUUUUUCUGAAAACGAGCAAGCAAAGCAAUUAAGAGCCCAUGGAAAACCAUGGAUGCAAAGGGUGCCUUACACCUUCCCUUUGCAUAAAUUACCCCCCGAACUUAGAUUUCUUUAAAAAGGUUUUUUUCUGUUUCUUUUUGCCUUUCCGAAUUUGUUUGGAUAAAAUAAAAGUCGGUGGCGACUCUUGCUUACCGCGACAUUCCGAUUAAUAAAAAGUCAGUUCACCGUGUUACAAUACCACAUGGCCUGUGAUUCUUAUGAUUUAUAACCUACCCCCAUGGCUAUGUAUGAAGCGUAAGUAUAUGAUGUUAUCUAUGUUAAUUUCUGGGCCUAAACAACCAGGGAAUGACAUAGACGUAUACUUGACACCUUUGAUCGAAGAUUUAAAGAUUUUGUGGGAGAACGGUGUGGAGGUUUAUGAUGGAUAUAGGAAAGAAAGUUUCAAUUUGAGGGCGAUGUUAUUUGGCACAAUUAAUGAUUUUCCAGCAUACGGAAAUCUAUCAGGGUACAGCAUUAAAGCUCAAAAAGCGUGUCCUGUUUGUGAAGAUGAAACCGAUACGACGCGAUUGAACCUUUGUCAGAAGAAUGUGUUUCUCGGUCAUCGUAGAUUCUUACAUUCUAAACAUCACUACCGUGGGUGGAGACAAGCAUUCAAUGGAAAGGCAGAACAACGUAGAGCUCCACCUAUAUUGACAGAGAAGGAUGCGUUAUUACCGCAUCCUGACGAUGUUUCGGAUGCCACAUUGGUGGGAGAUGCAAUAGGUUCGUUUGUUGCAUGGCCGUCAAGCCUUAUUAGUGUAGAUGAUGAGACUCCAACAAAAUCCAAAGCAAAAGACAAGGAGCCUCCGCGGAAAAUCGAGUCAGUUGCAUCAAUAAAACAGAUGCAUGCUAAAGAGAUUGAAGAUGUCAGUAAGGGUAAGAAGCCUGAAAAGGUUGUUGCUAAGACCGCGGCUAAGAAAAAACCUAAUCCCAGUAAGUUUAGGUCGUGCCUUUUAACUUCUUUAGAACUCUCUGAUAUUCCGCAAGGAAACACCCGUCUUGUACCUAUGGAGGAAGAUGUGUUUGGUAUUGAGCAUCAAGAAACAAUUGGUAUGGAGGAUUUUGAACAAAUUUUUGAACAUACGCAAUUAGGCCUCGGUGUUAUUGAUACAUACAUAAGGUUUUUGUAUGAAAAAUUGAUGCACCCGACUGGAUUGAGAUUGAGGCAAAGAUUCGCUUUCUUAGCUCCCUUCAUUACCAACUUAGGGUUAAUCAUAUCUAAACCGGAUGAAGUCAUGGCGUAUGUACUCAACCGUUUUAUGGCCAGCAUAAAUUCAGAAAAGUUGUUCUUUUUACCAUUUAAUACCGGCAACGGUGGACAUUGGUUGUUGGUUGCGAUUAAUCCUAUCAGUGAAGUUGUAUAUUUUCUGGAUUCCUUACACAAUCCAGUUAGUACAUACGAAGCUAUGAAGAAUUUGGUUGAUACCGUUAUACAAGUUUUUCGAGCACAAAGAGGAAGUCAAGUACCAAAGAGUAAAGCCAACAACAUCACAUGGAUUCAAGUGGAGCGUAAAGAAGUAGAUUGCGGUUUUUACAUGUUGCAGUUUAUGAAAGAAAUUCUUCUUUCGAAUCAAAUAGAGAUUCCGUCCAAGUAUUUUGACGACUUCAAGUUUGCUACUUACUCAAAAUCUAAGUUGGAUGAACUUAAGGAGGAAUGGUGUCAAUUCAUGAUUGAGUUGAAAGUUGUAUAGGAUAUUGAAGGGUAAAAAGGUUAGCAGCUGGCAAGAAGAAAAAGUAGAUAUUUAGCAUCCUUUUGACUUGUGUAAAAAAUAACAAUGUUUUGGAUAAUGCAAUUGUUUUCAUUGAAUUGGAUGUAAUUUUGUUGUUGUUUAUUAAUAUAUUCUUAU